AUGGAAAACGAAGACACGCCGCAAAUUAUAACACAUAUUGAACAUAAUAUGAACCACUGUCUAUUCGAUUGUAAGUGGAUUCCCUGUUCAGCAAAGUUUGUUGUCAUUGGGUCUUUGCCGAAAGGAAGUGGGACUCUAGAAAUAUUUGAGAUAAGCUCUGGUGAAUUAAAAAAAGUUAAGGAAAUCGAAAGACCAAACUCUUUCAAAUGUGGUACUUUUGGUGCCAGUAGUGAUAUAGAAAGAAGAUUAGCGACUGGUGAUUUUAAGGGCACCCUCGAAAUAUGGGAUUUAGAAAAAAGUUCUCAGGUUUACAUCACCAAGGAACACACAGAUAUUAUAAAUUCAAUCGAUGGAAUGGGCGGGAAUACUGUUAAUUGUGGUGCUCCAGAGAUUGUUACUGGCAGUAGAGAUGGAACAGUGAAAGUUUGGGAUCCUCGUCAGAGAGGCAAGGCUGUAGCUAACAUGCAACCAGCUAAAGGUGAAAUAAGACGAGACUGCUGGGCCGUUGCAUUUGGAAACUCAUUCAAUGAUGCCGAGAGAAUUGUCAUUGCUGGUUAUGAUAAUGGAGACUUAAAAAUGUUUGAUCUAAGAACUAUGUCCCUCAGAUGGGAAUGUAAUUUAAAAAAUGGGGUAUGCAGUGCUGAAUUUGAUCGGAAGGAUAUACCAAUGAAUAAACUUGUAGCAACAACAUUAGAAGGCAAAUUUCAUGUUUUUGAUUUGAGAACACAAAAUCCAACAAAAGGCUUUGCACAGGUUCUGGAUAACUCCGCGAAAAGUGGAACGAUUUGGGUUGCUCGCCAUUUACCUCAGAAUCGUGAUUUGUUCAUAACUUGCGCUGGGAACGGCCAGGUGUCGUUGUGGAAAUACCAGUAUCCCGAACAGCGGUCACACGUCGACUCAAACGGCGUGACAGUAGGCGUCGCGGGAAAAUUGAAUCGUCUGCAGCGCAUGGUUGUCAGCUCUCAGCCAAUCAACGCUCUCGAUUGGAACAGAGACCACACGGGAUUGGCUGUUGCCACAGCUUACGACCAAUGCGUCAGAGUUAUAGUUACAACUAAACUUAACCUACAUUGA